CCCCCACUGGCUGACAUGGGGUUAAUUGGCCUCACACACACACUCACAGCCACUCAAACACAAUCCUGACCCGUUAAUUUGCUCUUAUACCAGCAGAGUAAAUGGCGAUUCCCAGCGCUCCCUGGGCUGGAAAGAGCUGCCAUUUUAGAGGUCAAGGGUCAGGAUCGGUAGAUUCUCAGGAAAAUAUGACUUUAUUGUUUACACACGUGCUGGAGUGUGAGAGUGUGAGGGUGGGGGGCACGGGCACGUGCAUCCAUGAACACUCAGGAUCAUGCAUGCAUGUGUGCGUGUUCAUGCUCAUGUGCGUUCAUGUGCAAAACACAGAAACACCGACACACACACACAUAGGAUCCUUCACCUAAUCGAGACUUUAAUCCAGGCACAGCGAUAGGCCGAUGAGUCUGCCGUCAUGUUCUCAGCUCCGUGCUCAUUCGUACGAGUCGGAGAGGGCUGUGUACACAUGUGUCAGCAGGUAGCUGUUAAAUGAGGCAGAUUGAAAAGGUAAAGACAGUUGGCUAUUGUUUUUAGCCACACCGGCUGUUACUCAGCUGAGUGACACCCAGCCAGACACGCAAGAGGGGAAAUCACCUUGGCCCGAUGGAGACGGUUGCUCUGGGCAGCGCUUUGUUUUUAGGACAAAGUUAAGCAGCAGGAGAUCGAGAGUCUUUGAGGCACCAAAUUAAAAUGAUUGUUUUGUAUAAAGACGUUAAAACUUGGGACUUCUCUGUAGUCUUAUCAUUGCUCUGUUUGGACCCUCUAGGCUGCCAUUCAGAUGUCGCCCUGCGUGAUCUCACACCUCUGCCUGCUGGUCUUACCAGUGAUGUCACUGCUGCUGCUCUUCUCUCCCAUUGGUUGGAGCUACGAUGGCCUCACCCCUGGCUGUCACCUUCACCCCUUCAACGUGACCAUCCGCAGUGACCGCCGCAGCACGUGUAAAGGCACCCAUCUAGUCUACGCCUGUGUGGGCUACUGUGAGUCCAGCGCCUUCCCGUCCCGAUACUCCGUGCUCGUGGCCUCCAACUUCACCCACAACAUCACCUCCGCCUCACGAUGCUGCACCAUCAGCAAGGACGCCAAGGUCAAAGUUCGCCUGGACUGCCCUCGUGGUCGCCACCACGAUGAAAUAGAGAUCCUGACAGCGAAGGCGUGUCGCUGCGACAUGUGCCGCAAGUCCCGCUACUGACAUGUCAUGACAGCAUGCUGUGUGGCACUGGGAUGAGAACCCCAAUCCCCCUCUGAACGAUUGAACCAGUAACUGCCCUUCAUCCGUCUGUGUUGGCUUCUGUUAAAUGUUGAAGAAAAUUCCCUUUAACUUAUUUCACUGAAAACAAAUUGGUUCCACCACGUAACUCUCAAAACCAGGGUGUCCUUCAUACGUCUUUGUAAAGACCAUCAAACGAUGGCGAGGCGCCUGCAGAAAUACAGAGACCAUUUGAGUCUGAAAGUUUCACAUCAAGUGA